AUGGACGGGGCGGGGCCCCGCGGGAGGUUUGAAUCCCAGCGACUCGGAGCCGCCGCCGCCCGGGCAGACGCGGGGAGCCGCCUACGUCGCUGCCGCCGCGGGAACGUCAGCGCGGGGGUUGAGCGCGCGCUGGUGGCGUCACCGAGGCCGGAAGGGGCCCGGGAGGCUUGGUGGGGCCGCUGUGACGUCAUCGGCGGGGGAGGGGUGACGUCAUUGAGGCCGCACCCGCCAUGCAGCGCGGCUCCCCCCCGCGGCCCGGCUCCCGCCGCAAGGCCGCCGCCCCCCCGCGCCGCUCCCCCCGCCGGCCCGAGCCGCCCCCCCCCGCGCCGCCGCCCGCCCGGGCUGCGGCGCCGGUACCGGCCCGGGCAGCGGGCGCUGCUGGAGAUCCGCAAAUUCCAGAAGAGCACGAACCUGCUGAUCAGCAAACUGCCCUUCUCCCGCGUGGUGCGGGAGAUCUGCCUGAUGUACACCCGGGGCGUGGACUUUCGCUGGCAGGCCAUGGCCCUGCUGGCCCUGCAGGAGGCAGCAGAGGCGUUCCUGGUGCGGCUGCUGGAGGACUCGUAUCUCUGCUCCAUCCACGCCAAGCGCGUCACCCUCUUCCCCAAGGACAUCCAGCUGGCCCGGCGCAUCCGCGGCAUCCAGGAGGGCUUGGGCUGAGGGGGGCCCCGAGUCUCCCCGGUGCAGCCCCCAGGGCCUGGGCUGAGGGGAGCUGGACCCGCCCUGCGAGCCCCCAGCGCAUCGGUGGUGUCCACAACAGGCUGGGUGGAGCAGGGACCAGACCUGGAAACCUCCCCGGGGCCCCCCCAGAACCUCCCUGGGGCCCAACCUGUCCCUGAGCCUCCAUCUCACCAACCCCCCUCUGCCCCCCAAUCCUCCAGGGAGGUUUUAUCUGAGCCCCCCUUUCCCUGCUAUUUUUAAUCCCCUGAUCCCCUCCACAGGGUCCCCCCAGUCUGAGCCUGGGGCCAGGGUACCCCAGGAGUCCUGGGCCUACCAGCUCCGGGCGGUGGGGGGCUGCACAGGGUUUUAACUUCUGAUAUUAACUUCUCUCCUGCCCCAGAGCCACCCCCCCUCCCCCCCGGUGGAGAGAGGGAGCCACAGCGAAGGGCGUGGGGGCGUGUCUCACCCCCAGUGGGGCUCCUCUGACUAGCACUUACCCCCCAGCCAGGCGCUGUCCCAGGCCCCCAUUAUGGGGGAGGGGGGCCCCUGGAUCGGGGGGGCCGGGCCCGUACGUUGUGUGUAUUGUACAAGGCAGCUGCAGUGAUGUCAAUAAAGUUGGUUUGAAAUUGUC